UGGUUAUUUAAAAAAAGUUUUUUAUUUAAGUUUGAUUUCCAUCGAUGUCACAGCUGUUAGAUUAGUAUCCAAAGCUGCACGUAAUCGAAACUCUCCGCCCAUCAUACGCCUUCAAGUGUUCGUAUUUUUCCGGCAAAAACUGGAAUGGCCGUUCUGUCUUUUAAUAAUCUGACAACACAAAAGACACUUUGGACAUAUGAAGGAUGAAAUACUUCUCUAUAGGUAAGCAAGAUUAGAUUAGAUUGGCAAAAAUGUUGUGUGUUAUGUAAGCUUUAAUAGUAAAAUAAGAGCAAAUAAUCAACUAUGAGCAAUAUCACCGAUAAAUACAACAGAACAAACAUACAAAUGAAGUAAAACAUUGCUGCUCAUGUUUUCAGAUUGAUCUAACAGUACUGUAUUAUGGAGGACGAACAAUUACUUAAAGGUCCCAUAUUUCAAAGCUUUCUAGAGUUUUAUUUUAGGUUAAUUUUUUUUUUAUCAAAACGAGUCCUAGUUUUAGAUUUAUGGAAAAUAAUCUAUUUUGAAAUACAGAUAUGCAUGCGUUGCUACAAACAUAACGUUACAUGUUUACAAUGUUAUAGUUCUAUGGCGAUGUAAACAUACACAUUAUAUGAGGUGUGAUAUCUUUAUCCAUGAAAAUGUAAAUAGCUGAGCAUCAGAUGAAACAAAAGGUAACUGUCAUAUAGCUAGUUCAAUAAUGUGGCAGGCAAUAAAUACUAUUCUAUAAAGAAGAACUGCCCGAAAGCUGAAUAGGACUGAAGAUCAUUUUAUUUGCAUCUCAAAAAUCAAAAUAUAUUAGAAAUCAUUAGAAAAUUGGCUUAUUAAGAAUCAUGUCUGAUAAAAAGAAUAAGUCUUUAAAAAACAGUUGCAGUGGUUAAUUUCAUGAUGAUUAUAAUUACCAUGUUGUUGUAUCUUAGCAUUUCUGUAGUUUUCAUUAGAAUGUGAUCCUUAAACAAUUAUUUUUAAUGUAGUAAACUGACAAGUAGCCUUAGUCAUAAUAGUGGGAGAAUACUUUAUUUACAUAUGAAGGUUAUAUCAGUGCACAAGCAGUUGUAUUUUAAGACGUCUCCUCCCGUCUGAUUUCCUUUCAUCUCCUGCCCUUCCAUCUUUUGGUGUGUCAUCUUUCAUAUACAAUAUAAAAACCAAACUGAAAGUAUCACGUUGGUCUUUUUUCUGUAAAACAGACACAAAACAAUAAAGCAGCACAUCUGUGACGUUUUGUGUAAUGGGUUUGUAAAUGAUAAUGCAAUUGGGUGAUGACCAUUUGUUUAUGUUUGGGCCAAGGGUCUGGGUCAAAGGUGAAUGGUAAGCCUAAGGUGUGAACACAUUUCUAUAAUAAUGAAAUGGUCUGAGUGAGAUGGUAAUGUUGAUGGUAUUAAGGGUUGGUGAAACUGAAAGAUUGGGAGUGGCAGAGUUACUUCCUUUCAAUAUUUUGAUGUUCAAUGCUUUUAAAGUUGAGUGCUUUGUUUUCCAUUUAGGGGACUGCCUGCUAAAAUGUGUAUGAAUGCAAUGUAGGGCUGUAAGUCAGACUUGGUGACUGCAGCGUCUGGACUCUAUGCUCUGAUUAAAAGAUCGCUUUCUGCAAUAAAGACUACAGCUCGAGAUCAAAGUCUUCUGGUCUUCGCUAAAAAGGUUUCCAACAUGUUUUCAUAAUGUUGUAAUAAGAUGUUUAAAGAACGCCAUGAACAUACCAAAAUACAACCAGUGUAUACAUUGGUUUAAAUGUAUCUCAGCUUUAUAUAUUUUUGUUUUAUAAUGGUAGGCAGGGUCGGAUUGGUAAUCGGGCAUACAGGGCAUUUUCUUGGUGGGCCGACAUACAUUCAUACGUCUUAAACCUUGUAUGGUCAUGAUGUUUUUUAAGUCUUAUUUGAAGGUUUAACAGCUAAACAAAACAUAUCACAAAUGUUGCCUUUUGGGCUGGUUUUGUUUUUGUAGUGAACAGACGUGAUUUACGUUUUUUACUACCUAAAGAAAACGUGCCAAUUAUUUUCCAACGUUUAUAAAACGUCCUUUUUGUUGUUAUUUAGGGUGUGGUUUUUAAAAUGUUGUUCUGCAACAUUACCUAAUUACAAUGAAAAUAAUGUGAAAAGUUUGUGAUUGUUUUUAAUCUCAUCAUAAUUUCUUUGUCCUAUGAUGUCCUAUCUUUAUGACUUUAAAAUUAAAAGCUUGAUGUUUUGUCUUUAUUCUUCAGCAGUUAUUUUCCCACCAAUUCUUUUAAUUUAGUCAUUACUAUAUGCAAUAGUUUGUGAUGAUUUCUGGCCAUAAUUGAGACGCAUACUUCUAGAGACGCUAAAUCCAUUGUAAAGCAGUGAGCGUCUUCUCUCUCCAGUACAGCAGGAGGCGCUGCAGCUCAUUAGUCCGCAAAUAAACUCACUAAAGAAAGAAAGAAAGAGCGCGCGUGUGAUGUGUUUGUGUGUCCUCAGUGUUUUUCUCUCUUGUGUGUUUCAUUGAGUGUUAACGAAGUCUUGUCUCUGUGUAUUUAUGUGUUGAGACGUUGAUGAUGAGGUGUGUUGUGCUGUAAAUGAGUGUGAACUGAUCGGUCCAUGCUGGAUAUAUUGUUGAUUUCAUCACAGAAAUCGCUCAGCUGAUGUGGCGUUACUGGAGACAAUGCUGAGGUCAAGAGGAGAUUUAGCAAUUAAACGAGAGGAUGUGGAUUGUUGUGAAUCUUCAGUGUAUGUGACUGAUGAUGGUAGUCUGGAUUCAGUGUGGAUGAGCAGAGAUCAGAGCCGCACACCACAGCCACUGCUGGACUCUAAACUCUCUGAAGAGAAAUCCAGACACACACUGGACUCCGAGCUCAGUCUGACUUUACUCUGUUAUACUGAGUCAAAGCCCACAGACACUCAGGACACUACAGUGUGUGACAGUAAACAGAGCUUACAGGAGGAUCAAACCUCCACAGAGUCUCUGGAUUCUGUCUGUAACGCUGGAGAACAGCAGCAGAUCCUGCAGACCAAACUGAAGAUGUCUUCAGUUAAACUCAUCGACUGCACGAACCUCAUGAUGAAGAUUAAAACUGAACCGACAGAAAUCAAAACUGAACCCACAGAAAUCAAAACUGAACCCACAGAAAUCAAAACUGACCCCACAGAAGAGGAAGAUUGCACUGAUGAAGAUGAUGAUUUUAUUCAAUCAGAUGUGAAGAGUGAUUCAUGUUUGGAUAUAGAAAUAACGUCCUCAACAUCAAAAGAGCGACUGACAGCACAAACUCUUUCCUGCAUCACCUGUGGAAAGACAUUCAGCUCCCAGAGACAUUUAGAGAGACAUGAGAGAAAACACACAGAACAGAAACUCUUCAGCAGAUCUGAGAUCAGCUUUACUACCUUACAAGAGAAGAAACCUUAUUCAGAAGACCACAGAGAGAAGCAGAAGAAGAAGAAGAAGAAGAAGCAGUUUCACUGUGAGCAGUGUGGGAAGAUUUGUGUCUCUUCCUCUCAACUAAAUGUUCACAUGAGGACACACAGUGGUGAAAAGCCUUUCAACUGCACUGAAUGUGGAAAAUACUUCAGAACCAAAGCCAAUCUUAAAGUUCAUCAGAGAGUUCACACAGGAGAAAAACCUUAUGAGUGUCCUCACUGUGAGAAGAGAUUUAGAUAUAAAUAUAAUCUGAAGAGACAUGUGCUUUCACACACCAAUUAUAAACCGUAUCAGUGCAGUGAAUGUGACAAAACCUUUAGGGAUUCAGGUUCAUUAAAAUCACACCAGAAUACUCACAUUAAAGAGAAACUCUAUCAGUGUUCACACUGUGAUAAAUGUUACGAUCAUAAAAGUCAUCUGAUAAUCCAUGAGAGAGUUCACACUGGAGAGAAACCUUACGUCUGUGCUCAUUGUGGAAAGAGCUUCUCUAGGUCAUCUCAAUUAAUAGUUCAUCAGAGAGUUCAUACUGGAGAGAAACCUUAUCACUGUAGUGUCUGUGGGAAGAGUUUUAGUCUAAAGGCUACAUUACUAAAGCACCAGAGAAUUCAUACAGGUGAAAAACCUUUCAAAUGCUCUCAGUGUGACAAGACGUUUACUUGUUCAAGUAACUUAAAAUACCAUCAGAGAGUUCAUACUGGAGAGAAACCUCAUCACUGUAGUGUCUGUGGGAAGAGUUUUAGUCAAGCGGCUACAUUACUAAAGCACCAGAGACUUCACACAGGUGAAAAACCUUUCAAAUGCUCUCAGUGUGACAAGACGUUUGCUCAGUCAGGUUCCUUAAAAGCCCAUCAGAGAGUUCAUACUGGUGAGAAACCUGAGGAUCAAACCUCCACAGAGUCUCUGGAUUCUGUCUGUAACGCUGAAGAACAGCAGCAGAUCCUGCAGACCAAACUGAAGAUGUGUUUUAAACUUCAUCAGGUUCGUGCAGUCGAUGAGUUUAAAACUGAACCCACAGAAAUCAAAACUGAAGCCACAGAAAUCAAAACUGAACCCACAGAAAUCAAAACUGACCCCACAGAAGAGGAAGAUUGCACUGAUGAAGAUGAUGAUAUUAUUCCAUCAGGAAAUGACGCUAGUUCUGAUAGUGAUCCGGAAAUGGAGGAUGAAUCUUGUAGCGGGAACGCUGGAGGAAACGAAUGGUGGAAAAUAGUUAAUCGGAAAAGGAAGAAAAUCGGUAGUCAAGGAUCGUAUACGGAUAGCGGAAAGGAGGAACAACGAAAUUUAAGCAAAAAUCUAUCAGCUAAAAAAGAGGUGGCGUUACUGGAGACAGAGCUGAGGUCAAGAGGAGAUUUAGAAAUGAAUCGAGAGGAUGUGGAUUGUUGUGAAUCUUCAGUGUAUGUGACUGAUGAUGGGAGUCUGGAUUCAGUGUGGAUGAGCAGAGAUCAGAGCCGCACACCACAGCCACUGCUGGACUCUAAACUCUCUGAAGAGAAAUCCAGACACACACAGGACUCCGAGCUCAGUCUGACUUUACUCUGUUAUACUGAGUCAAAGCCCACAGACACUCAGGACACUACAGUGUGUGACAGUAAACAGAGCUUACAGGAGGAUCAAACCUCCACAGAGUCUCUGGAUUCUGUCUGUAAUGCUGGAGAACAGCAGCAGAUCCUGCAGACCACACGGAAGAUGUGUUCAGUUAAACUCAUCGACUGCAAGAACCUCAUGAUGAAGAUUAAUACUGAACCCACAGAAAUCAAAACUGAACCCACAGAAAUGAAAACUGAACCCACAGAAAUCAAAAGUGAACCCACAGAAAUCAAAACUGAACCCACCGAAAUCAAAACUGAACCCACCGAAAUCAAAACUGAACCCACAGAAGAGGAAGAUCGCACUGAUGAAGAUGAUGACUUUAUUCCAUCAGAUGUGAAGAGUGAUUCAUGUUUGGAUAUAGAAAUAACGUCAUCAACAUCAAAAGAGCGACUGACAGCACAAACUCUUUCCUGCAUCACCUGUGGAAAGACAUUCAGCUCACAGAGACUUUUAGAGAGACAUGAGAGAAAACACACAGAACAGAAACUCUUCAGCAGAUCUGAGAUCAGCUUUACUACCUUACAAGAGAAGAAACUUCAUUCAGAAGACCACAGAGAGAAGAAGAAGAAGAAGCAGUUUCACUGUGAGCAGUGUGGGAGGAUUUGUGUCUCUUCCUCUGAUCUAAAUGAUCACAUGAGGACACACAGUGAUGAAAAGCCUUUCUACUGCACUGAGUGUGGAAAUUACUUCAGAACCAAACAAAAUCUUCAAGUUCAUCAGAGAGUUCACACAGGAGAAAAACCUUACAAGUGUCCUCACUGUGAGAAGAGAUUUAGCUGUAAAUAUAAUCUGAAGACUCAUGUGUUUUUACACACCAAUGAGAGACCGUAUCAGUGCAGUGAAUGUGGAAAAACCUUUAGGGAUUCAUGUUUAUUAAAAAAACACCAGAAUAUUAACUUUAAAGAGAAACUCUAUCAGUGUUCACACUGUGAGAAACGUUUCUGUCAUAAAUAUCAGCUAAUAAUCCAUCAGAGAGUUCACACUGGAGAGAAACCUUACGCCUGCUCGCACUGUGGAAAGAGCUUCACUAGUUCAUCUAAUUUAAGAGUUCAUGAGAGAGUUCAUACUGGAGAGAAACCUUAUCACUGUAGUGUCUGUGGGAAGAGUUUUAGUGUAAAGGCUUCAUUACUAAAGCACAAGAGAAUUCAUACAGGUGAAAAACCUUUCAAAUGCUCUCAGUGUGACAAGAUGUUUACUUGUUCGAGUAGCUUAAAAACCCAUGAAAGAGUUCAUACUGGGGAGAAACCUUAUCACUGUAGUGUUUGUGAGAAGAGUUUUAGUCAAGGGUCUACAUUACUAAAGCACAAGAGACUUCAUACAGGUGAAAAACCUUUCAAAUGCUCUCAGUGUGACAAGACUUUUUCUCAGUCAGGUCACUUAAAAUCCCAUCAGAGAGUUCACACUGGAGAAAAACCUUAACACUGGGAAGAGUUUAUUAACAGUCAAACUUUGUAAAUACCAGUGACAUUAAUACGGUUAUGACACCAAAAAGUUUUAACGUAUAAAGUUUUAAAUAUUGUUAAAAAACCUGCGUUAAUAGUAAGAACAAAUAAUCAAAUUAUGACCAAUAUUGCAGAAAAAUACUUUCUCUUUCAACAGGGUUCCCGUGGGGUCAGUGGUGUAGUCUAGAUUUUUGUAGUGAGUAUACUGUGAUUUUUCCCUCUCACCCUUAUGCUCACUCAUCCUAGCGUGACACCUCAGCACCACCACACUCACAGAUGCAUACAGUAUGGAUCUUCAUGUAACUAAGAGCAUUCUGAAAGUGUACUCAUAAACACAUAAACUGAAUGUUUAGAGCCAAUGGGUUGAUUUUUGGACUGGUUUAGUGUUAAUCAACAUCUAACUCAGGGACAAAAGUUACUCAACUGUUAAUUAAAAUUAAAUUAACUGUUUACAAUCUUCAAUCUGUGGCUAACACAUGCAUUGAAGGAGAAAAACUAUUCACUCUUUCAAUAGCUAUUAUCUGACAACUAUUGAUAACAUUACCAUGUGUAAUUUAAUGGUGUAAAUGUUUUUAAUUAAUACACAUUUAAGAUGACCAUGAAGUUACUCUCAUUUGCAUAGUCAUUGCAUGCAUAGGCUAUAAUAUAAGCAUUGUCUUAAAAUGAAAAUAGGCUUAUACUUAUUAUUACAAGACCAUCAUGUAGCCUAAUAUUAGACACCCAAACCAAACAGAAGAUUAAGAUCAUAUACAUCUUGAACGUAGAUAUAUGAACAAAGAGAUGGGAAGUUUAACACUGUGAAGCACAAGCAAACAUGCAGAGGAACUGAAGGCAGCUAAAAACCAUCAGGAUAUAAUCACGGGCUUUUUUAUUGCAUUUGGAGCCUUACCUCCAGAUAAAGCAAUAAACUGGACUGAUGAUUUAAAUGUUGUUUACUCACAUGUGUGCGUUGUAAAGCAGCACUGCUCCACUCGCUCACAUCUCCACAUGGACUGUUUGUUUACAGUGUCGCGUGAGCAGCUACACUGCAGGUUCGCCUUCAUUUGGCGCUAAGCAGACCUCUUCGUGAUGUCAAAGUACCGCGAGAGCGAUUCAAAGCAGAUUUCUCCAUGUGAUAACUGGAGUCUCUCUCGCGGUACUUUGCUAUCACUCGCUUGUGGCGCCACACCAGUCUGCUCCCCAGUCACUUUCGCGUCACUAUAGUAAUUUGAUUUCAUGAUCGGAUCGCGCAGUUCGGCAGGAAGUAUAAAGCCUAAUAUGUAUUUCAACCUGCUAAAGUACCAAGUGUAGCAUGCUAAUGGUCAGUGCUUCACAUCUAUAUUAUGACUAAAAGUUUAAAAAUGUCACAAAACCAUGCUGUUACGCAUCCUCGCGCUAUUUUCAGUGGGUAUUGUUAAAAACAUAACGAGACUUAGUUUUAGUUUUAUGGAGAAUAAUCCAUUUCAAAUGCAAUG